UCAACUGCAACGCUGCUGACGUGUCUGCGUCACUGAAGUCGUAAUGUCAAAUCACGCUAGACAUAGGGAACAAUUAAGCAUUGAGCUGCAGAAAACACGCACAAUUCUCCAGGAAAUUUCCUCCCCAAAGAUGUGUUACGGUUGUGAAAAGCAGUGUUAAGUGAUCCACUCGGCAAGGCAUUCCUGCACUGUAUAUCUUUCGUGCGUGCGAUUGGUUUGGCUGUAGGCGCAUACCGUGCGGGGUUAGAACAAGCGUAUGCAUAUCAAUGCUUACGGAUUUGCCGCCUAAAGUGAUUGCCGUGUUCUGCGUACGGUUCUGGCAUUGGAGUGUAACGAAAAAGUGAAAUCUAACUUACGGGGCCACAAUCCAGAUUGGCUUCCGACGACAGCAGCGACGUACCUUUUGCAGGCCUACCGCGCGCAAUAUCGAAAUGAUCGGUCGAAAUUCUGUCAGAGCCGGGUCGCUCCGUACGAGUGGGACGAAGAAAAAAGAAAUUUUGGUCAACGUUCAGGUGAACGGUAACGAUGAGAUAGAUCUGGUACCAGUCAUUAAAAAGCAGGAAUAUGGCAGCACAUCCGAUGACGUUCGGGAUGGUGACGGAGAGGAAGAUUACGAGGAACUGUCCGACAAUCCGGACUCGGAUCCGGAUUUGCUCGAAACGGAAGACGGUCGAUUGAUACUGGACAUGAAGCGCAGCAAGUACUGUGGGACGUGUAAAAAGAUUUUCAAAACAUCGUUGGAACAAAAAAACCAUAAAUACAAGUGUCCCGGCGUAGUGGAUGAGGUACAGGACGUUAUCCUGAAGGAGCGUAAAGCGGCCAAACAUGCGAACCCGGGUGAAGAGUUUCACAAGUACUGCAAUCCGAACCCGGAUAAUCCGUGCUACUGCUGUGGGGAAGAUGUGAGCACCGCGCACGUUGGACACAUCCGGUGCAAAUUUUGUCCCAAAUCGUUCAAGGCGUACGAGUACAUGGAGCGACACCUGAGCUCGAUCCAUUCGGACUCGGACACUUUUCCCUGUUGCUACUGCAACGCAAAGUGCAGCACGCAGACAAUCUUGGAAGAGCAUCUGAAGACGCACGACGAGGGCAAACCGUACGCGUGUAUGGCGUGUGGGAAGGAUUUUACCCGCCGCUACCAUCUGGACCGGCACGAAAAGCACACCAAAUGUGGUAUGGUCCCGAAGGAGGUAGAGGUGCUACCGUGCGAGGUUUGUGGUAAGGAAUUCACGCGGAUUGACAAUCUGCGUGAACAUUUGCGCUCGCACAUGGGACAGGGAGCGCGUAAGCGUGAUUAUCAGUGUCCCUACUGUUCGAAGUCCUUCUACGGGUCAUCACUGCUAAACAUACACAUUCGUACGCACACGGGAGAGAAACCGUUUCCGUGCGAUCUCUGCCCAAUGUCGUUUCCGUCCACGGGAGCGUUGCGGAAGCAUCGGCGCAAGCACACGGGCGAACGACCGUACCGGUGCAAUGAAUGUUCGGCCACGUUUGCUGCACGUGAAACGCUGAACCGGCACCGGAAAACACACACCGGUGAGAAACCGCACGAGUGUCAGGAGUGCGGCAAACGGUUCAUCCAGGCCACGCAGCUACGGGCCCACAUGCUCAAUCACACGGGCGAGAAUGCGUUCCAGUGCAGUGAUUGCGAUGAAACAUUUAGCCGGAAGGCCCGACUGAACGAGCACAUCAAGUUUAUGCACAAGGGAGAGCAACCGUUCGAGUGUGACAAGUGUCCCAAAACGUUCCUGCGCAAAGAUGAUCUUGCACGCCACGAGCUGAUCCAUUCGGACGUUAAGCCCUAUGAAUGUUUGGUGUGUCGGAAAUUUUUCACCACCAAAAGUGCUAUCAUGUUGCAUCAGCGGACGCACACGGAGGAAAAUCCGGUCCAGUGUAAGGUUUGCUCGGGAACGUUUAAACGGUCCGACUGCUUGAUGCGGCACAUGCGUUCAAAACAUCGUGACUAUUUGGAAAAAAUCAUCGACGAAACGGAGAAAGAGCAGAUGGAAAAGCGGGUCGCAAAGCGGGAAGCGGAAAAGGAAGCAACGGUGGAAAUAGAUGGUGCCGUCUACCAGAUCACCACGAUGGACGAUGGCGCACCGAAGGAUGACGCUUACAAUACCCACCAAACGGUGGAAAUGUUCGAGGUGGUAGAAAUUCCGGCAAGCACUUCGGAUUCGAUUACAAACCUGCUACCUACCACAUCGGUUCCAUUCGAGCUGAUACCGAUAGUGGAUGAUACGGGUGCGAUUUUGGGCGAGAGCGGUUUAGUCGAUUUUAUAGACAAACCAAAUACUGAUCCUAUUCGGUCAACGGUCGAGAUAGUGAAAAAGGAAAAUGUUUCCCUUAAUGAAUCUAACUCUUCGGCAAAUUCGUCUGUAAUUGCACGGCCGAAACUAAAGGAAUCACCCAGGGUAAGCAAGGUGGCUGUUGAAACGAUGGUGGAUGAGGGGGAAUCGCCGAAGAGGAACGUUUCAAGCUCCACAAAACCAUCCGGAACCGGUAUAAAACCAAAGCCGGAAGGUGCAACAAUGCGUUCGCCAAAAGUAUCAUCGCCGGUCAAAACGGUCACAAAGCAAACGAAAGAGACUUCCAGUCCGAAGGACCCGUUACCCACCAAACAGGUAAAGCCGGUCGCAUCACCAACCACAACACGCCCGAAAGACGCUAAAGCAAAGGUAGCGAAUGAAGCGAAAGUGAAGCGCAAACGUGAACUGAAACCUGCCGGUUCGAAGCGUCCACGCACGGAUGAAGACAGCAUACCGAUCUUCCUGAGCGACGAUAUGUUGGAAUGCAAAAUUUCCGAACUGCUGCAGAUGCUCAUGGGUGACGAUAUGUUGCGCAGUUUCGGCUGGCCGAAUGCACCGGUGGAGGAGGUGCUCGGGCGCGUUAUCAUGGGCUGUGGGCAUCAGCCGGCAAAGGGCGAGGAGGCCGGUGACCAUACGACACGUAUGCGCGAAAACACAAAGAUUCUGUUUUCCGUCACGAUGGACGAUGACGACAUUAAGGCGCUGCUGAACAAUCACACGGUCGAUGAGGUGAUCAUGCACGUAUUGAAGAACAAAUAGGUAGGCAAAGUUUAACGGCGACAUGCUCGUCAAGCUAAGGUCAGAUACGUAUCUGAGGUGCAAUGGGUUCCAAUUUUGCUACUAUUUUUCCUAACUUCACAUCUAAUAACGCAAUGUGUGGCCUUUUAAAGACCUUAUAAACCAGUAAGGUUAGCUAGGAUAUAUUUUUUUUAUUAACAAUUGAAGAUUUAACAAUGUUUUUUUUUAUUAUGCACGUUUAUACUGAUACAAGUAUAUAAUAAACAAAAAUUGAACUAA